UCGUGCUGUUGGGUCGUGCGUGCGUUGCGCGCGCAGUUUCGCCACUACGAGCGCUGUGGAACUGAGAUUUCGAAUUUGGAAAAUUGUGUGUGUUCUUUUUUUGAAAAAGAAAAUUUUUGCUGACAGUGACAGAAGUGUUGUGUAUGGAAUUUUUUUUUUGUUUGACAAUAUUUUUUAUUUUAAUUGUGGUGAAUACGGAUCAGUGAACUUUUGGAUUGCGUUUUGGACUUGAUACGAUUCUGCGGCACAGGAUCGCUCCUACACCAAAUGUGUUCAGUAACAUCCAAGACUUAAGAUAGAGUUAUACCAAACGUCAAUAUUUGCUGGUAUGGCGCGAUACAGGUGAUCGUGGCUAUUGGAUGACAGUGUUGGAGCUAGUUAGCUAGCGGUCGGCGUGUGCGCAGGCUGUGCGGCGCUGCCUCUAUGCUGUAUCGACGCAGGUUCGACAUACAUUGGGACGUCGCCAGGUCGCUGUUAAAGAGGAUUGGAUUGCGAGGCGUGAGGUAACCUGGCCGAAGAAGGAGACCAAGGAAAUAUUACCGAAAUGUGUUCUUCCCUAACCGUGUACCUAAACAUCGCUUGAAACCACAUCGAAUAAUGCACGAUCCGUCCAAAACGCUGCCAAAUAUUUCGAACGAAUUUAUUAGUGUAACAUUUAGUGUUUAGUGUUUGUGAUUGUGUACAACGCCAUCUGGCGUCGAGUAGGCGCGACAACGUGGCGGGGACGCAUGCGCCGUCGGCCCCUGCGCUGGCGAUGCCAUUUAUUGAAGACGAAUGGUGGUCCGCCGAGAAUGAGGGCAGGAUGGUCGACCUCUCCAAUUGCCUUCAGGACGCGGUAGUCGCCGCCGGAGGGCAAGCUGCCGCCCAACUCCAACAGAUGGCGUCCUCUCUUGGGGAACUCUCCCAGGCCGAACUAACCAACAUAGUUGGAGGUCUCACGCUGGAGGCAGACGGCUCGGAGGCCGCCGACCCUGACGACAUCUUGAAGCAACUCGGGGAAACUGCCUUCGAUAAUUUCGACACGUUUUUUACUGACCUGACCAAUGCCACAGCGUCGGCUGUGCCGCCUAUUGAAAUAAAACAAGAAGAGAACAACAAUAUAUCGUCGCCGUCCAGUAGUCAGCUGCAAGGCUACUACCAACCCAACAAUCAGUUACUGCCAAACAAUGGCCAACAACGGCUGCAGCAACUCCUGAGAUCGGGGACCAGCGCGAUAAACAACGCCGUGACGAAUAACAUAAAUAAUGGACGAUAUAACAUAGCAUCCGCAAAUCCAUUGUUGGCCGAGAAACUAGCAGCGACAUCUAGCGGCAUAAAGCAGGAACCGAUCAGUUCGGAUUACAGUGGGACGUCUAUGAACUACGGAAGCGCUUCGCCGAUGCAGCGGGUGCCGAGUGGGAAGCCGCAGGUGCACGAUGCUGGUGGAGGUAAAGUGGACGGCGGGGAGCCCGCGGGGCUGCGGCUUGGAGCCCGGGGCUCCUUGGGGCAAGCGCUCCUGCACGGCUUGUUGGCACCGGCCCCCACCGCAAGGCAUCAUCUAUACACGGCGCCUAGCACAGGCUCCUUGCCGCCCUCGCCCGCCGACAGCGGAGUCUCCGACGUGGAGUCUUCAUCAUCAGGGGCCGGAUCAGCGGAGGAGCUGAAGGCGCGGCUGCAGCCCCCUCCCGCGCCCUUCCACACCCCCUUCUUACCGUUCUACCAGCACCACCAGAUCGCCACCACCUUGCAGCACCACGCCGCGCAUCCAAGACCACCAGUUGGCGGCGUGAACGAGCGCGACGCAUACGGCUACGGGUACGGCGGAGGGGGAGGGGGGGCGCACCACUUCGCUGCGCCCGCGCCCCCUCCCCUCCCCCACGACGACUUCCCCUACUCGGUCUUCGACAUCGGGGACUACCAGAGGCAUCACCACCACAACAAACUCAAGCCGAAGAAGCGGCCGAGGAACGACGCCCCGCCGACGCCGGGUGUCAAACGCAAAAGCCGCGAGGGUUCCACCACAUACCUGUGGGAGUUCCUCCUCAAACUCCUCCAGGACCGGGAGUACUGCCCGCGGUACAUCAAGUGGACGAACCGCGAGAAGGGCGUCUUCAAACUGGUGGAUUCCAAAGCGGUGUCCCGCCUCUGGGGGCUCCACAAGAACAAGCCGGACAUGAACUACGAGACGAUGGGGCGAGCCCUGCGCUACUACUACCAGCGCGGCAUCCUCGCCAAGGUGGACGGCCAGCGCCUGGUCUACCAGUUCGUGGACGUGCCCAAGGACAUCGUCGAGAUAGACUGCUCGCUCGCGUAAGCGAAUCUCCAGUGCGCGUGAUAGCAGUGAAUGAACUCCAUACGUAACUGAACUGUUAAAAUUUUUUCACUAUUAGAAAAUUCGUCUAUUUUCCAAAUCAUCAUGCAUUACGUUCUCCGAUCGCUUGUAUUUGUAACGUUAUAUAAGAUUCUCAAAUCGAACUAAUAUUAACUUUAUCAUUGAAUUUAAUAUUUAUACAAAAAUAGGAGAGACGAAAUCGAUUGCUCAAAUGUUUAUAUAGGUACCUAUUUUUAGGGGUAUUUCAGAAGAGGAACACUAAAUUUGCUAGCUGUUAUAUGCGGAGUGACUUUUUUGUAUAUUGUUCAAACGAAUUUUUAAAUGUUUGUAUUGAAUUUAAAUGUUUCUAUAUAUUGCAUGUUAGAGCCCGGGCGGCCGGAACUUCCUACCUCAAACUACGCAACCAACAUUCAGAUGAUUAUACAAUUUAUAAUUCGAAAUGCAGUUUUACAAUAUGCAAUUAGUAUCAACUUAUAGUCUAAAGAAGAGUUUAUAUUGAAGAAAUAUUUACUAAAAUGUUUAUAUUAAUACAAAAUAUCAUAAAUGGUAUCCUCCACAUAGUUUUGGUGCUUUACAAUGGCCAUUCGCGUAUUUACUCCUUGUUGAACUACCGACCUCUCUGAUGUUGAUUCUAUAUACAUAUAUAUUAUAUGCGAUAUUAUAUGUUACGUCUACUCACGUACAAUGUGGAUCGUCCGUUCGGUGGUCACCGAAUUUUCUAUUGAUAUUACGGUUUUUUAAUUUUGUGGAGUUAACGAAUUCUACACUAGUACUGAAACCUACUGCCAAUAAUUUCUGUUAGAAAUCUGAUAUAUAAAUAUAGUUAAGGAAUGAUUUGUGCGUUAAUUGUGUUAAUUAUUAUAUAUAGAUGUUUACUAUAAGUGAGCUGUUUAAGUGAAAUGUCUAGUUUAUUUGGUUUAUUUAAAUUAACGGUAGUAAGUCUGUUGGUCGGAGACAUCGCGCGGCCAUUCUUUCACAUAUCACAAAGAAUAUUUAUCACAAAAAAAAAUAUUUACUCAAAUUAUUUGCAGUAUUUUCAUAAACAAUUAAUUUCACCGUGCAUAUCAAUCACAGUUUAAAAAUAAAUAAAGAAUAUAUUUACAAGAAAUAUAUAAGAAACGCGCGAAGUCUCUAUUUUUUGUUACCUGAAUAAAAUAUUAUUAAUAAUUAAUUACGAUAUGUGGUCCAAUGUUAUGAAUCAUAAUACUUUAACUAGAUAGUGCAUAACGAAUGGUUGAAUAAGGUAUAGCCUAGUUCGCAACCAAUUUGUACUACAAACAAACAAACAGAAAUACAUAUAUUACAAAGAUGUGUAUUAUAUAAUAGAAAAUCUUUUGUACGUGUAGGAGAUUGAGUGAUUCUAUUGUGAUGGGUUAAUAUGGAUCCAGUGCCUGGUGACUCAGUUAACUGGCACCAAUAUGAACGCUAGGAUAUUGUCAUUAUACUGUCUAAAUUCAGGUACUGGAUUUGAUAUAACCCUAUCUCAGCGGCGCACGCGCAGGCCAUCAACUUUCCGGAAACGCAAUAUUUUUAAUACAAUAAAAUAGGCUAGGAUCUCGAUUAUAGUGUGUGCGCCUGCGCACGCCGCCGGGAUGUCGAGAAAAUGGGUGCUAAGCGAGGAACCGACUGAAGACACGAGAACACAGAAUCCACUUCCCAGUGUGUACGCGUCCUAACGCAGGAUAUCGAUCUCAGUGUCCAAACUCUUCGAACAAACCAGUGCCCGCUCCAUGUGAUUACAUAAUUCUAUAUUACAUAAUUAUAAACUAAAUAUAUAUUAUUGAAUAAUUAAAAGUGGAAUUUUAAUCGUAUUUUUAUAUAGCUAGUUGGAAUUCUCAUGGCGACCCUUUCUUUUCGGCACCGUUUCUUAUGCUUUUGUAAAUAUCUAUAGAUUUAACUUAUUUAUUUGUCGCUCUUUCGAGCCGGCGGCGUGGCGCGCUCCCGCCACGCCGCGCCACCGAGCCGACACUUCAUAGUCUUCCCUUUUAGGGAAAUUUCGUUCUAUAGGUUACAAAUUUUAUUGUAAUAUACUUAUAAUAAAUUAAUUAAUAGUAGGUAAUGAAUGGACCACGCGAUGGAAGGCGGAUGCUCUCAGAAUUUAUAAUUCGGCUAGUGUGUAAUACUAAUCGACCCUGUGAAUGCGAGUUACCGGUUAGUAGGCAAUGUUUGAGCGAACAUUUAAAAUUAUGCUCUGGGAGUUUAAAUAAUUUUAGUCGCAUUGAUGUUGUUGAAAAAUCAAAGUUUCUAAUUAAAUAAAUAAUGUACUUAAAUUUUCAAUGUAAAUUAUAACAGCACUUCGAGGAAAUUAUUGUUAAAAUUAUUUUAAUCGAGCCUAGUCUUAGCAUCUUAAAUUUUAUUUAAAAUUAAUUCGGACGGUUUGAAAUGCGGAUUCGUUCGCGCGCCGCCCGCUGUGGCGCUACCGUAGUAGCAAAGUGCGACGUCGGAUAAUAAUGUAAAUAGAAUGAAGAUUUGUAAAAAACAUACCAAACGCACACCCUCACGACACAUGUACGAUGUACGGGUGUCGCUAGAUAGGUAAAAUAUGAAAAUAUUUUGCAUGAAAGCAAUGAGAAGGUUAGUGAUUUGGCAUUAGGCGGGGGAAGGCGCUGUGGUCGCCGUAGGAAGAAAUUGUUUGUUUGUCGUUAAUUAUAUACUAUAUCAAUGUAUUAUUGUUCGUUAUUUAAUCUGUGUCAGAUGUUUAAUAUCGAUUUAACUUCAAUCCCGGUAUGUAAACAUUUUUUAAAAUUAAACUACCCAGUUUUAGCCUCUCAAUACGAGAUGGCGCUUUCAUCACAAAUUACUUAAAUUAAAAUUUUAAUUAUUCUGAGAGUUAUGUGCGGUAAAGUGAUCUUGCUUUUAGUUUUAUGCAGUUAAAGUCCGAUAUUUUAAUUAUAAUUUAGUUGUUUAAUUUUACAAAAUACUGUAUUUCUGCCCCCUAGUUAAGUUAUUUUUCUAUGUAUAGUUAGUGAUAAGUGUAAAUGAGUUAGCACAUACAUUUGAUGCAUGAUGAUAAUGUUAAUAAAAUAUCCACAAUAAAAUACAAA